AUGGCGUCCCAGGCAGGAAUCAAGAAGAUCAAGGUCAAGAACCCAGUGGUGGAGCUGGACGGUGAUGAGAUGACCAGGAUCAUCUGGCAGGUCAUCAAGGACAAAUUCAUCCACCCAUACCUUGACAUCGACCUCAAGUACUACGAUCUUGGUCUGCCAUACCGUGACGAGACCAACGACCAAGUCACGCUCGAUGCUGCCGAGGCUAUCAAGAAGUACUCUGUUGGUGUAAAAUGCGCUACAAUCACCCCAGAUGAACAGCGCGUCGAGGAGUUCAAGCUCAAGAAGAUGUGGCUGUCGCCAAACGGCACCAUCCGAAACAUCCUAGGAGGUACCGUUUUCCGCGCGCCCAUUGUCAUCCCCACCAUCCCUCGUCUUGUCCCUGGCUGGAAGCAGCCCAUCAUCAUCGGCCGUCACGCUUUCGGCGACCAAUACCGCGCCAAAGACCGCGUUAUCCCCGGCGAAGGCACACUUGAGAUGGUCUUCACACCCAAGGGCGGCAAGCCUGAGGUCAUCAAGGUCUACGACUUCCCUGCUGAGGGUGGUGUCGCGCAGACCCAGUACAACACUACCGCGUCCAUUGCCGGUUUCGCACACGCCUCUUUCAAGAUGGCCUUGGACAAGAAGCUACCUCUGUACAUGAGCACCAAGAACACCAUUCUCAAGGCAUACGACGGAAAGUUCAAGGAUGUCUUCCAAGAAAUCUACGAAAGCCAGUACAAGAAGGACUUUGAGGCCGCCAACAUCUGGUACGAGCACCGCUUGAUUGACGACAUGGUCGCCCAGAUGAUCAAGAGCGAGGGUGGCUACGUUAUGGCCUUGAAGAACUACGAUGGAGACGUCCAAUCCGACAUCGUUGCCCAAGGUUUCGGCUCCCUCGGCCUUAUGACCUCCACUCUCAUCACCCCUGACGGCAAGACAUUCGAAGCCGAAGCCGCGCACGGCACCGUCACCCGCCACUUCCGCGAACACCAGAAGGGCAACGAGACCUCCACCAACCCCAUUGCCUCCAUCUUUGCCUGGACACAAGGUCUGGCCAAGCGCGGUGAGCUAGACAACACACCUGAGCUCGUCGUUUUCGCCGAGCAGCUUGAGAAGGCUUGCGUGGACACUGUGGAUGUCGAUAAGAUCAUGACUAAGGAUCUGGCCCUUGCGUGCGGCAAGAAGGACCGGGGUUCUUGGGUCACUACCAACGAAUACCUUGAUGCGGUCGAGAGGAGAUUGAAGUCGAGCUUGAAGGAGAAGCUGUAG